AUGGUUUCUUGGAACAAUAUCUUCACUUUGGCUCUUGGCCUUGUCGGUUCCGUUGGAGCUUAUACAAACCCAAUCCGUAACCCUGGAGGUGGUGAUCCCCAGAUCACUUACACUGGCGGUUACUACUACCUUAUCUCGACUGAGUGGACCAACCUGCAACUUUCCCGUGCUACUACCAUAGAGGGACUGAAGACUGCCACUCCCAAAGUCAUCUACACCGACACAAACCCUUCCCGAUCUUCCAAUAUAUGGGCUCCUGAACUCCAUUGGCUGGGGGGUAAAUGGUACAUCUAUUACACUGCUGGAAAGGCCGAGGAUUUGACAGGGCAGCGUUCCCAUGUUAUCAAGGGUGGGGCUACACCUUGGGACAGUUGGUCCUACGGAGCCAAGCUCUCAGACGACUGGGGGAUAGAUGGAACGAUUCUUCGAACGAAUCAGUUCGGAAACUACUUUGUUUACUCCUGCAUGACCGGAGUUCAAUACCAGUCCACUUGCGUGCGCAAGUUGGGCUCGGAUUUCAUGUCUGUCGGUGCUCUGAGCAUCAUUUCCCAACCCGAUCAAUCCUGGGAGAAGAGCGGCACUCCUGUCCAAGAAGGGCCCAACGCCCUCUACUUCGGAGGCAAAACCUACAUUUCCUACAGCGCUAACUAUUGCUGGACUCCUGAUUAUUGUGUCGCUUUAUUGGAAUGGGAUGGUCGUACUGAUCCUGCCAAGGCCUCAGCUUGGAAGAAGUCGAACGGUUGUGUUCUCAAGAGCGCCAAUGGAAGCUACGGAACUGGCCACAACAGCUUCUUCCAAAGCCCUGACGGAAAGCAGACCUACAUCACUUUCCAUGCUACCUCUAACAAGAAUGGUGCAUGUGAUGAUACGAGAUAUGCUAUGACUCAGCCUUUGACUGCCAAUGCUGAUGGCACACCCAACUUUGGACAGGUUCAGCCUUUCUCCAAACAGUUUGCUGAGCCUUCUAAGUAA